GUUUUUAACGAGGUCACGAUUCUGGCGCUCUGGAACGCAUCGGUAUCCAAUGGACAAGCAGCUGCAAGACGACACACCCCUUUAUGCAUGAAGUUGGGCACGCCCCCAGCAUGGAAACAGCUUCUAGUCGACUCGGCACAUUGACCUGUCACAAUGCAGGAGACAACUAGGGAAAUAUCACUGGGAUGGAGUAUGUUCAUUUGGCUACAGAAAGAAAGAAAAGUUAUCAUCAUUUCAUAACUGUUUAAUUUCCAAAGACCGGAAAGGGAUUCAUACUCGACGUGUUUACGUUUAGAUUUUAUUUUGGGAUCUAGGAUGGCAAUUCCAUGGAGAAGCCGGUAACAUGUAUUAUGUGAGUUGUUUCCUAUUGAUAGCAUACUGAGACCAAAGCUACCUCCAUAAUCACAUAAAGGGAUCAAACCCGACUGAAAUCCUUUAUACCAGAACAUAGUUGCUGUAUUUGAAUGUCACCAAUUACGCAUCGGUGUUCGGUUUGAAGGGAUAUGGAUCAUUUCGCCGCUGAGUGCCUUGUGUCUAUGUCCAGUCGGGCGGUCGUUCACCCUAAAGAGAACAGAGAGUUCAAAACAGAACCAGCCUGCUGUCCAAGGAACGAUGGAGAAGACAUGGUCAAAGACAACUCCUCUCUUUUCGUGGUGGCGAGGAUUCUAGCGGAUUUUAACCAGCAGGCACCCACGACCACUAGCGAUAUUGCCGAGCAGGCAAAAAUAGCAGAAGGGUGCGUAUCGCCAGCUCCAGUCACAGAGGAUGGGAAUACUGCCACACCUAUCCUCGUCAGCCCCGCCGCCGACCUCACACAAAGAGGCAGUAAACGUGUCAGAGGUCGAUCCGAACCGGAAUCGCCUCAGAAAAAGCACAAAUGUCAUUAUUCAGGUUGUGAAAAAGUUUACGGGAAGUCGUCCCACCUCAAAGCGCAUCUAAGGACACACACAGGUCAGUUCCCUUUAAAACAAAUACAUUAUUUAUAGUGAUAUUAAACUCCCCAUUAUUUAUUUUGUUCAGUUUCACUAGUAGCCUAGUAUUGUGAAGGACUGGGUGUGAAUAGGGACGAAUAGUGACCCUAAAUUGGAUGUGAGCCAACGCAUUGAUGCAAUGCACAACGUGUCACACAUACGUUCGCUCACGGUGAACUAUUCUAUUGACCCGUUUGCACAUAAAACGCUUUAAAAAAAAACACAUGAUCUAACUAUUCUGUUAAUAUACACUUAACCCUAUAAACAAUCCUCUCUGAAACAAUGUUAAGAGCUGCAGUGAAUGACAGAGCUGCGUUACAUUGUAACCUUGUCGGUAUUUAGUGGCCGGUGAAUAAGUUGAGCGCGUGGAGAAAACACUCAACUCAAUGACCUGCUGUAUGGCUGAUGUCGAACAGCAGGUGCAGCGUAAUGGGAUUCAUACAACUCAACCACUAUGGGCUUUGUUUCAGUUGAUAGAAAAACACAACAAACACCGUGAACAUAACAACAACAACAAAAACUAUUUGAUUUUUAUCAGAAAACGUUUCUGAGAAAGUCAAAUCAAUUUAUUAACUGUAAACUAUAAAUCCAAUAGGAAAGGAUGGAGGGAGAGAAAGAGAGAGAGAGAGAUAGAGAGAACGAGUGGGAGAGAGAGAGAGAGAUAGACAGAGAGGGUAAAGAGAGAACGAGUGGGAGAGAGAGAGAGAUGGUAAGUGUGACUCUAAGCUCUUUGUUUUGCUGUGGGAGGAUGUACCACACCCCCUUCACUGGCUCCUCACUAGUUACCACAGCCACAAAGUCAUAAUUAUGGAAAAACCGCGCCUAUUUCUGCAAUUUAUCUCCUUAAAAUCGGAUUUGAACCCUAACCUUAAAUUAAGACAAAAAAGCUAUUUUUGUUUUCAUGAAUUUGUAAAAAUAUAGGCAAUUUUUCACUUCGUGCUUGUGGUAACAAGUGACAACCCCUUCCCUGCCAAAACCAGAGUUAUCUCUCUCUCUGUCUCUCUCUCAGUCUCUCUCUGUCUCUCUCUCUCUGUCUCUCUCUCUGUCUGUCUCUUUCUCUCUCUCUGUCUCUCU